GACAAACGAAUCUGGUAGAAUACUGAGUGGAUUGCUUCAGACCCUUUGUGAAUGCGAAGCGUCUGGAUAAAGGAAAUAAGAUUAAAUAUAUCAGAACUCACAGAUAAACGUUUCACAGGUCGGGCAGUGAACUGGAGGACAGCUGAUAACGAUGUCACAGUCAGUGUGCGAGUAGAACAAGUGAAGUUCGGAAUGGUCUCAGGCUGCUCGCAGGAACGAAGGCGAAGUUGAGCAGUUUGUAAGGGUGUGUGUAGCGUAAUGCAGCGGGGAGUCACCAUGAGGUUCUUCCUCAUACUGGUUGUUGGACUCAUCGAUCUCAGGACCAAGGCAGACAAUUUCAGAACUUGCCAGCCGGGGGACUUUCACUAUGAAUUUACUGAAUGCGAUGAGAAGGGGGGCCGGUGGAGGGUGAGCGUUCCCAAGCCUGGUGUAUGUGAAGGUGGUGCUCCCAAUCCUCCAACUCGCACAGAAGAUUGCAGUAUUUCUUGUGACCCUGGCUGGUUCCUCGACCUCAACAAGCUAGAAUGUUCACUCUGUCCAAACAGCACCUACUCUCUUGGAGGUGGUGUCUACUUUGACAAUUGGACAAAGCUUCCUAGUGGCUUCAGCUCAUACACGGAAGCUCUUAGAUCAGCCUUUUCUGCUGGGAGGCGGCGAGGUGAUGUGGACUGUGGAGCAUAUGGUUGGCAGCCCCGUGGUGAUGUUCUUGCAAGCAGAGGCGGUCAGUGUGCAGCAGUUCUUGUUUACACAGUUAAGCUGGUGAAACCAGGAGCUGUCAAAUAUACCUAUCAAUUCACAGAUGACAACAUUAUAUUUGAAUUUCAGGCCCAAGAUAAAGAAUGCCAAAGUAUUGAUGAUGGUGAUGACUACAAAUGGCCUCCUAUUACAAGGGAAGGACAAUGGCAAACACGUACAGUCAAGCUCAAGCCUGGCCUCAAUGUACUGCACUGGAAAACCAUUGGUAUAGAGGCUGGUGGCUCUUCUAGACCUGUGAUGAUCAAGAGUAUUCAAAUAAGUGGUGUAGCACAUUCAUCUGAAUGCACAGAAUGCCCUGCUGGAACAUACAGUGAACCAGGUGCCUCAGAAUGUAAGGAAUGUGAGGAAAACACAUAUGCCCCUCGAGGAUCAUCAAAGUGCCUGCCAUGUGACCCUGUGACUGAAUAUGCACCAAAAGGUUCCGCUGAGUGCCUCCCCCGACCACCAUGUACUUCACGAGACUACUAUGAGAUAGACUCACCUUGUGAUGACAAGAACCAGACACGUGCUGUUUAUAAAUGGGUUGAGCCUCGUGUAUGCCGGAUAAAGAUGGAGGGCUCAGUAAGGUUACCACCAUCUGGAGAAAUUAAGAUGUGCCCACCAUGCAAUCCUGGAAUGCACUAUACUGCUGGGCAAGGUUGUGUAUUUUGUCCACCUGGUGAACACAGUGAUGGAUUGUCUCCCUGCAAGCCAUGCCCACCAAGUACUGCUCCAAAUUAUGGCUACCAGUACCAGUGGUGGACAGCAAUGCCACCAAGAAUGGCUGCAACAUGCAUGUCUUCUGAUGAUAUUGGAUGUAACAACUCUGAAGGCUGGCAGGUUGCUGGUGACCAUAUUCAUUCUGGUCGAGGACAUGCUGAUGAUGCUUACCUUGUUCUUAGUCUCAAGGUUGGUGGAUUUCGAGGACGUGAAAUGGGUGGAAGACCAAUGGAGGUGGGACGAAUAUCUUUCACUUUUGAGCUGUCAUGUGCUUCUGAUUGUGAAUUUGUCUUCAUGGAGGCAUCAAGCAAGAAAGGAGUGAUAGUGCUGAAGAGAUGGACUGGGCCUCAGCCACGAAUGUACUACAAUUACAUUGUUACCCGUAAUGACUCGUACACUUUUUCUUGGGCAUUCCAAAAGGUGUCAUGGGAAAAGAGCUAUCUGAAGUCCAGCACAUUACGCAUGUAUGAAACUGAUAUGGCCAAAGUGUUCAACAUUAAUGUCACCAACACCAUUGAUGGAGGAGCUUCAUCCUGCCUACCAUGUCCACAAACCUCAGAAGCAGCAGGCUGUAUCCCGUGCCCUGCUGGGCAGUACAUUGAGAACAGCACAACAGAAUGCACUCCGUGCCCAGCCAAUACUGUUGUGACAGACCCCCUUCCUUAUGGACCUCAAUCAUGUUUGCCUUGUGGUGUUGGCCUCACAGCUCCAGACCACCUUACUUGCAUAGUCCAGUGCAGGCUUACUGUCGAUAACUAUACUUAUGACCUUACUAACAUUAGCAGUGCACGGGCAGUGAUGGGCAGUACACUCUUUACAUCCUCAGGGACUAAGUUCUACCACAUGUUUAAUAUUUCUCUGUGUGGAAAUACCAGUGUAGUAUGUACAAAUAAUGUCACAUACAACAUGGAGGGUGAAGUUUCAACAGUAGUGUCACGUGUUUGCCGGUCCACCAUAGUGCCAGGAGUGGAAGGAAUGUCUGGUCUUUUCAGAGUUGGAGCUAUUGCAACGCAGUCAGUUUCUCUUGGAGAUCAUCUUGUUGGAGUCACAACAAGCCCUUCAUACUUGAACAUUAGUGUGAUCAAAGAAUUUGUUCAGCCAAAUCAUACAAACAGAAGGGAUUUGCAUUUUUAUUACUCAACACCAAUGUCUACUCGAGCAUGUCCUGAUGGCAGAAGCACAACAAUAACUCUUCGAUGUGACCCAGAUCAGCCUGGAGAUGGGAAAGUGACUUUACCACAGCAGUGUCCAGAUGGCACUUGUGAUGGUUGUAACUUCCACUUCUUGUGGUCAUCAGCAUUUGGCUGCCCUGAGUGCUCAGAGAGUGAACUGAUUGUUGUUCGUGGAGAGUGUAAGGAUGGAAAGCAACCUGUCCACUACAUCACUCCAAAGACAUGCAUUGCUCCUGAUAAUCUUCCUCAAGGGCGCACAGUUGCAUGUUCCACAAGGCUGCCUUUCAUUGUGGAAGUUAUUGUCCUGAGUACAGUAAGUAUGGCUCUGAUGCUGUGCCUGCUCCUCUUCUGCCUCUGGAAGAAGAAUCAACGUCUUGAAUACAAGUACAUGAAGCUGGUUGCAAGUGCUUCUUCAAAGGAUGGUAUGAUGGAACUCCCUCCAGCUGAAUCAUGUGCUCUGGAUGAUGGUGAAGAAGAGGAAGUUCAGUUUACCCAGAAUGCCCCUCGGGGAAUUCUUAGCAAAUUGAAACACAAUAAGGUUGCAGUAAGUGGGAGCAAGUUGAUCACACUCAAUUUAAAGCCCAGAGAAGGCCGUGGAUUGCUUGUAGAUUCUUUGAAAAUAUCAUCUAAAGACCCACUGACAUAAAACCUUGAAAAUUUCAUGGCUCUGGAAAGUGAGUACAGGACCUCCAGUAAAACCAAAUCAAUGUGUCACUGAUAGACAAUCAAAUGUCUGAGUGAAUUGUUCUGAAGAACUAACCAGCAGGUCCUAUUAAUCCUUGAAUUACCCUGAUUAGCCUGAGAACUAGUGUACAAGUGAAGAAAACUGCACACACCCAAGAUAGUACAUGAUGUUUUUAGGAUCUACCUGAGAAUACUAGUCAGCUGUCUCAAGAUGACACAUGUGCUCCCUUUAAUUUUACUGUAUUGGAAAUGUCACUAAAUUGAUGAUGAAAGUGAAAAUGUUCCUUGUACAAUUAUUUUCUUUCUAAUACUGAAGUGGUAUUGUAAUUUAUUUCAGCAAAUGAUUGUCAACAGCUAAAAGUGGAAGUAUUAAUAUAAAUCUUAUUGAAUAUUAAAAUGAAAGUGGGUUCUGAGAAAAGUCAACAUGUCCAUUGGCACAUUGAAGGUUUUAGAUGCACCAAUUUCAUAUGAUAUGAUAUACAUUCAUUUCAUUUAAUUUUUUAAGGAAAAUCCUGAUAGAAUUAGGUGAAGGAAACCAUGGUAAUGUCUUGAAAAUAUUUCUUCAAAAUUUUACUACAGAUAUUAACAGUAAGAAAAAUGUGCCAAUAAUAAAAAACACACCAACAUGAUUAAACCACUUAUGAAUGAUACAGUGCCAGUGUAGUGCCAUGCUGAAUCCUGUUGACUCUUUACACUUGGCAAUAUGAGUGUGAAGGUCACAAAGUAGGACAUUUUCUUUUUCUUUCCAGAGUUCUUAAAAUUGUGUCAUGGUAAAUGGCUUUCUUCCCACAUUUUGUGUGUACAUAUAUCAUCUCUUCUUUUAUGUAACAGUGGUCCUUGUAUUGGGUUAGUCUUUCCAAUUUUCCUGUAAAAGUUGGGUAUUUGAAUUUUUAUAUGUAAUGUAUUUAAUGAUCUUGAUAAAUAAAGGGUUAUAUGGCAACCUUAUUGAUGUUGAUUUGGGGAGUAUAACCAAGAAAGCAUUGCUUAGUUAUAUUACACAAUUUGUUUCUGUGUUCAACAUAUUACCUGUGUACAGUAAUAAAAUGGUACUUAUGACAAAUAUCAAACUGAUGAGUCUGCAUCUUUGAAGGAAAUGUGAAUUUAGUUUAUGAAAUGACUUCAAAUAUAUUGUGGAAUAUCAUUACUUGGUAAAAGGCUGUGUUAUAAUUUUAUAGUAAUCUUAUGUAAUGAUAUAUUCUACUCUGAGAUUGCUCCAAGUAUCAUCUUCCAAAAUAUAAUAAAUCUCAUAGUAUAAGGGAACUGUAGUCCUAGUAUGGUAAUAUAUAUAUAUAUGGGGUAAAAUUAGCAAUGCAAACUCUGUUUAGUUUGCAACUGAUAAAUGCAUGUGGAAUGAAUUUUUUGUAUCUUUUAUGAGAUUUUUUUGAAAAUCAGGUCAGGAAGUGUAUUUUCUGGAAUUGGAGGAAAAUAAAUUAGCCUCUGUCUGUCAUUAAGAUUAGCACAGCUGAAUGUUUGAAAGAAUGUGUUAUUAAAGUCACAAUAUAUGCUGAGUAAAUUGUGUGCAAAUAUUUAAUCUCCCAAGUGUGAUGUGUAUGCUUCUGUGGCAAAAGAGUGCUGUUGCUUUAAAGACUAUACCAAGGUGAAAUGAGUACAUAAUGACAGGUGGUGAAUAAGGUACAGUUGAGACUAAUGUAUUUCACUGAGUAAGGUGUAUUGAUCCACCGUUUUGACAAUAAUGGAGAAAGUCACUUUGGUCCAAAUCCUGAAUCAGUACACCUUUCUCAGGGAAACAAUUCUUAUUUGUACCUUAUAGAUAGAAUUCUGGCUUUUUAUCUGACUUUGUUUAUUGAAGUCUUUGCACAAUGGAAUCCAAUGCUACAACUCUUGAGCUUUCAAACCUUUCUAAUGGUAAUGCAGAAAAAAAAACUUUGGUGUAGUAUUCUAUCCCUUUAAUCAUACUGAACUUGGUUUUAGAAUUAUGAAUUAGACCAUUUUUUUCCGUGAAAUAUCCUUAAUCACAGUGUCAUAUAUAACCACUUUUAUUCAGAAUGGUAUAUAUAUUUGUUCAUUGAUUUUCCUUGUAUAACAUAUUUAUGAAGAAAAGUAUAUAAAAGUCCAAAGCAUCA